UCCUGAGAGUGAGGAGAUUCCCAAGAAAGGGAGCUUGAGAAUCUGAACUUGAAGUCUGGCUCCCGUAACAAGCAAUGAAGAGCAAGGAGAUCCAUUUUCCGCACAAGCUGGGUGGUUUUCACUGUUAGUGAACGGGGUAGUGACGUAGGGAAUAUAGAGAAAUCUGGUAUUAUUAUUUUACGCAACCAUGACUGCCGCAAUCCCUGGAGCAUCAGGUGAAGCGAAACUCGUCGCGCCGCCAAAGAAAGGUGGAUUCGGGGUCAAAGGCAACGGCAGCAACACGGCCUUCGCAUGGACCCGUCGCACGGCGAAAGCGUCGCCAAGAACGAAUGGAACGAAGGGAGCGAAGGAGACAAGGGGAAAGCAGAAAGCAGUCGAUAGGAAGACAGCGGUCAAGGACCACCUGGUCGUUCUCGUCAACGGAGUGGCCGGAAGCCCCAUGAACUGGACCUACACCAAGUCGCAACUAGAGGCGCACGGGGAUCCCCACCUACUAGUGCACAGCUGCGAGUCUCUGAGGAGAACAGUGGACGGCGUGGAUGUCGUUGGCAACCGCCUGGCAGACGAGGUGCGCCAGGUGAUUCGCAAGAAUCCACAGCUGCGGCGGAUCUCCUUCAUCGCUCACUCGCUUGGUGGCGUUCUCUCGCGCUACGCCAUCGCCCAGAUGUACGCCCCCGCCUGCCAACCUCCCACGGACGAUACUAGGGGCCAUGAGCCGCCCUCACAUCACGCCAGAGGCCAUGCAGGUUCCACAGAUCCCAUAGUUAGUAAAAAUAGGACGGAUAACACAGGGUGUGCGAGGAGCACAGAGCACACCAGCACGACUGCUUCCUUGGCGUCUGCUUCACCUCCUGCACCCCGGAGCAACCAGUUAAGCGAUCAAUCAAGCCGACAAUCGCACGCAGACGAAGACUGCUGCUCGACCUCCUCAUGUCCACCUCCACCAGAGGAGGCGUCGCCAGAUACCACCUUCCCCACAUGCGCCUCCACCUCCUCGCUACCUUCCCAGCCGCCCCUGCCAGCCGAUUUCCUGCCAGCCGAUUUCCUGCCCAGAUCGCCGAGCUUGUCGGCUCUGGAUGUCCUUCGGCAGCAGGAGGAGCAGCCGCAGCUGCCGGAUUCGGUCUUUCCCCCAAUGCUCAGUCUAGAUGCGGAGGAUGAGGAGGAAGAGGAGGAGGAGGAGCAGCACAAGGGCCAUAAGCAGGAAGAGGAGCAGAAGGGCCAGGGGCAGGGGCAGGGACAGGGGCAGCCACAUAAAUCGGAAGGGGAAGCUGCAGCAGCAGAAGGCGAAGACGAAUCGGCGGCAGAAAUAACAAGCAGAAGCAUUGAUGGCGGUCGCGGAAUGGAGGAGGAGGACGACGAGGAGGAGGAGGGUGAGGAGGAGGAGGAGGAGAAGGAGGAGGGUGAGGAGGAAGAGGAGGGAGGGGAGUACCAAGGGCCACGCAUAGCCGGGCUAGAGCCGAUGAACUUUAUCACACUCGCAUCGCCGCACCUAGGCUCCCGUGGAAAAGGCCAUCUGCCGUUUCUGCUGCGAGUGAGUCUCUUUGAGCGGGCGUCCGUCCCCCUCGCCCCGCUCUUCCUCGGUCGCUCUGCCCGCCACCUCUUUCUCACAGACGUCGACCCUCAAGUGGAUUCCUCCAAUGGUGACGCUCAUUGGGACACUGCCAAUGCGGACCCUACUUUGGACACCACGACUGGCAGCACUCCAGGAGACACCACCAAUACCGACCCUCCUACGGGUCUCACCGGUGCUGACCCUUCAAACGACCCCUCUGACGUGAAACCCCCUGUUGCCAUAGAUGGUCCUUUCCCUUCCUCCUCCUCUGUUGAAUCUGGUCUUCUGCUUGCUGACGUUUCUGCCAAACCAACUGCUGCUGCUGCUGCUGCUGCUGCUGCUGUUGCUGUGGGGAGUGGGCCCGAUUUGGGCUGUAUAGAAACCGAAGGCGUCAGGAAGAGAACGACUGGGAAGCAGCAGCAGCAGCACAGGAUGGUGCGACUGCACCGGCUGGGAAGCAGUAUGGUUGACGUCAACAGGGCGGCAGCAGCAGAGGCGGGUGCAGAGGAGGUGGCAGAGAAAGGCGUCAAGAGUGCAAAGGUCAAGCAGCAUCUACCGCUGCUGCUUCGAAUGACUACCGACAAUGAGGAAGGCCCAUUCCUGUCUGCACUCGCCGCUUUCAAGCACAGAGCUGCGUACGCCAAUGUGUCCGGGGAUCAGAUGGUGGGCUGGCGAACAGCCUCAAUCCGUCAUCAGUGUGAAAUGCCAUCGCCUGACCAGCUUCACGAGCUGCCGGACUACCGCUUCAUCGUGCGAGUGGAGCCCAUGGGAGGCCAACCAAGAACCCCUGGCGCAGCCACAUGGGAGAGGCGGCAACAGGCGGACGAAGGGAGCCUGCACUCGGCUGCUCUUGAUGCUUCACAUGCCAGUGCUAUAGCUGCUACUGCCGCAGUCGCUGCUGGUGCGAGCCCCACUGAUGCUGACACUGAUCCUGAAACAAGGGAUGGUCCUUCAGGUGGUCCUUCAGGUGCCUCUUCAGGUGCUUUUGCGACUGAUUCCCCAGAGCCCAAGGAUCACUCUAACUUCUUUGCACGGUUAAAGGGGAAAUGGAAAGGGCGGGGAACAGCAGGAUCUCUUGGCUUUGGGUUGGGCUUAGGGUUCGGCUCUCCACAGCAGCAGUUUCUGCCGUGCAUGCAGCAGCCGCCAAAGCUGAAAGAGAAGGGGGAUGGUGAGCAGGGCGAGGAAGCUGAUUUUGAAAUCCCAGCGAGAUUUCGAAAAUCACCUGAGGAAUCAUCCGAGGGAGGUGAGGAGGAAGGCAUCAUGCAGCUGGUGCGCAGCAUGAGUGACAGCAUAACCCAGAGGAGCGCAAGAGGCUUUGACAGCGUCGGCAACAACAGAAACAGCUCUGGAAACGGCAGUGGGGAGGGUGAUGGCAGUAGCAGUGGCGAGACAGGGAGGUUCAAGGAGAGUUUGCGUGGCAAGGAGUUGUCCGGUGGCGAGGGAACUUGUGGGAAUGAGAGCAAGGCCAGGCGAGCAUCGUUCGGAGGUGCCGGUGCUGCUGCUGGUGCUGCUGGUGUUGCUGGUGGUGCUGGUGGUGCUGGUGGUGCUGAUGGUGCUGCUGGUGUUGCUGCUGGUGCUGCUGGUGCUGCUGCUGCUGGUGCUGUGGUGCCCCGUUCUGCGGGGAUAGCAUUGAAGAAGCACAGCGUUCAGAUGCAGUGGGAAGACGCCAUGGUGGACAAUCUCAAUCGUGUCCCAUGGGCACGCAUCGAUGUCAACUUUGCGUCCUCGCCACUCGCAUUCCUCGCACACAUCCUCAUUCAGGUGAACAUUCCAUCGCUCAAGGCUCAUGGAGCUAGUGUCAUCCAGCAUGUGAUUGACAACUUUGUGGCAUAACAUUUUAUUGUGAGCAGUUAUUGUAUACAAGUGCACCCACAACGUUUUCACAACUUAGAAGGGUGGUUUUAGUGUUUCACCAGCCAGUAUAGAGGCUGCGGGCCGGUGGGUUGUGUUCAUUAUAAUCUCGUUAGCUGUGGGGCUCUGCACUUAUGUGU